UUAAUAAUAUUAAUAAAUGGUAUGUAUAACGUGGUAUCCCGCUAUAAGCUAUAGCUACAAGUCAUAACACGCAACCUAACAAUAAUAAGCCUUUGAGAAAAGAAGAAAGCAAUCAGGUUCCUCCCUCUCAUCUCUGCCCUCUGUCACCACAACUUCCAACUACCACACUGAGAUCAAACUUUUCGUCAAUAUAUUUGUGAAUUAGCGCUAGACACCACUAUUUAAGAGCCUUCACUUCUUGUCUGGCUGAGUAAAUUAAACAAUUUUGUACAUGCAAAUAUCUAAGAGACAUCCAAGCCAAGCUGGUAUCCGAUUCUACCACCAACCUGUGCAAAGCAUGUAUCAAAUGCUACAAAGCAAUCUAUGCCACAGUAUCCACCAUGAUAAUAUGAUGAAGGGAGCCACUGUUUCUUUUGAAUCCUGCAAGGAUCAAUACUUUACCCUGGAAUCAUCCCCAGCAACCACUGAGCUCAUAGGUUGUGAAACUGAUUCCCCUUCCUAUGCCAGUGGAUUAUCUUCAAAUAGGAGUCCAUUUUCCCCACAAGUCUCUCAGUCAUGCUAUUCAGAUAACCACCACUCAUCCGACAACACCUAUGGCUCGCCUUACUCUAGCGUUGAUGAUGGGAAUGAAUGGAAGCACAAGCUCAGAGAACUCGAGAUUUCGUUGUUGGAGCCUAAUGAAUCAGAUGCUGCUGACAGUUAUGACAACAACUGUGUCCAAGGUGGCCUCACCACAGCCUCUCCAACAAUUGAAUAUGAUUGGGAUCAGAUUGUGCAGAUGAUUCCAAAGUUAGAGCUGAGAGAUGUGCUGGUUCGAUGCGCGCAGGCCGUGUCUGAUGAUGAUAUAGCCACAGCAAUUGGUUGGAUGGAUAAUGUGUUGGGGAAGAUGGUAUCAGUUUAUGGGGAACCAUUGCAGAGGCUAGGUGCUUACUUGUUGGAGGGGCUAAGAGCAAGAUUGGAGUCAUCUGGGAGUAUGAUAUACAAAUCCUUAAAGUGUGAACAACCAACAAGCAAAGAACUUAUGAGUUACAUGCACAUAUUGUAUCAGAUUUGCCCAUUUUGGAAGUUUGCUUAUGUAGCUGCAAACGCAGUCAUCUUAGAAGCAAUGGCAACUGAGUCCAUGAUUCAUAUACUCGAUUUCCAAAUCACACAGGGCACACAAUGGCUUUUACUUAUUCAAGCUCUUGCACAUAGGCCAGGUGGACCGCCGUCCAUUCGCAUAACCGCCGUCGAUGAUUCCCAAUCCAUUCAUGCUCGCGGCGGAGGACUUGAGAUUGUUGGACAACGGCUCUCGGAUUUCGCCAGGUCUUGCGGAGUGCCAUUGGAGUUUCACAUUGCUGCAAUGUGUGGCAGCCAAGUUGAAAGAACAAAUAUAGUUAUUCGAGCCGGGGAAGCUCUGGCUGUAAUUUUUCCUUAUGUUCUGCAUCACAUGCAGGAUGAGAGUGUAAGCACGGAGAAUCACAGGGACAGAUUGUUGAGAUUGGUUAAGAGCUUGUCUCCCAAGGUUGUGACACUUGUUGAGCAAGAAUCCAAUACCAACACUUCGUCUUUCUUCAACAGGUUUGUUGAGGUAAUGGAUUACUACACUGCCAUGUUUGAAUCAAUAGAUGCCGGGUGCCCGAGAGAUGACAGGAAAAGGCUGAAUGCGGAGCAGCACUGUGUGGCGCGGGACAUAGUAAACAUGGUCGCUUGCGAGGGGGUGGAGAGGGUUGAGAGGCAUGAACUUCUAGGAAAGUGGAGAAUGAGAUUCUCCAUGGCUGGUUUCAGACAAUGGCCGUUGAGUCCUUCUGUGGUGGCUGCUGUCCGGAACAUGUUGAAAGAAUUCAAUGGAAAUUAUAGGGUUGAGCAGAGAGAUGAUGCUCUCUAUCUAGGAUGGAUGAGGAGAGCUAUGGUUACUUCUUCAGCUUGGUGCUGAGUGCUGACUCUCUUCAGUUUAGCAUUGAUUUUUUCGGUUUAGCAAUGUUCCAAUAUGUAUGUAGUAUGUAGUAUGUACCCUUUUGAGCCAUAAAAUAACCCUAAAUGUCAAUACUAUUAUUCGAA